AUGGCGUGGCCUACGAUAUACCCGGAUAUGCUCUAUCACGCCACUUUCGCAUGUAUGAAACAGGCCUAUGAGUGUGGGAUCAACUUUUUCGACACUGCAGAAAGUUAUGCAGAAGGCGAGUCGGAGAUCGUGAUGGGAAAAGCGAUUAAAAAAUGGGGCUGGAAGCGAGCCGAUAUUGUAGUGAGCACGAAGCUGAAUUGGGGAGCUGCGAACGGUGAAAACCUUAUUAAUAACCACGGCCUUUCACGCAAGCAUAUCAUCGAAGGCCUCCAGGCCUCGUUGAAGCGUCUCGACCUUGAGUACGUCGACAUCAUAUACGCUCAUCGCCCGGAUCGGCUCACUCCGAUGGAAGAAACGGUCAGAGCUUUCAACUAUGUUAUUGAUCGCGGCUGGGCUCUGUAUUGGGGAACCUCGGAAUGGUCUGCCGUCGAGAUCACCGAGGCUUGUGGAAUUGCAGCGCGUCUAGGAAUGAUCGCUCCUAUUGCGGAGCAGCCAUUGUACAAUAUUCUCGAUAGGAGGAAAGUCGAGUGCGAGUUCCAGCGGUUGUACGACCGAUGUGGAAUUGGCUUGACCACGUUCUCCCCUAUGAAGAUGGGCCUGCUGAGCGGAAAGUACAACAACGCGGUGGAACGACCUCCGCUGGGAUCAAGAUUCUCUGAAAGCAAUGACAAAUUUGCAAACAUGGUGCGCGAUGGGUAUGGCAAUGAUGACUGGAAGGUGACAAUGAGCAAGAUCGCCAGGCUGAAGCCGAUUGCCGACAAGCUGGGAGUAAAGCAAUCCCAGCUCGCCCUUGCUUGGUGCCUGACAUUUAAGCACGUCUCUUCCGUGAUCAUGGGGGCAUCCAGUCCUCAGCAAAUCCUUGAAAACGUUGAAAGCCUGAAGGUGAUCCCAAAGCUGACCUCAGAGAUAAUGGCGGAAGUCGAUUCCGUGAUUGGAAACAAGCCCUUGUUGGAUCCGGCAAGACAGGAUUGA